AUGAGAUGUAAAUACGUUAUUUUUGUUUUAAUUUUGUUGUUUGUUAUAGUAAAUGCCUUUAUGUUACAAAAAAGAGAAGGAGUAGACUUAGGUUUGAAGAAAAGUCUCAUCCAAAAUGCAAAGGCUUCUAAAUUUGAGUGUAAUGUAGCAAUGGAGUGUAUAAAUAUAUUUAGGUAUUAUUAUUUUUUUGUGGCAAUGGUUUAUGAGAUUGUCUCAACAUCUAACUGUAUGUCAAGAAAUUCUGAUAAUGAAUUUAGAAUGCUUUUAUCACAAAAGCUUUCUGAGUUAAAUUACUAUAGAAACUACUUUGCCGAGUAUGCAAUGAACAAAGGAGAAAAUGCAGCUUUGUUUGUAGUUAUUCACGAAUUCCCAAAAAGAAAGGAAUCAUUUUUGGAUGUUUGUUCUCAAAUAAAAUAUAUUGAUGCAAAGGAACUUUACAGUAUAGAACUUAGAGUUAUAUCAAAUUAUUUGGCAGCUUUAUUGGAAUUGAAAAACUACAUUCAUACUGAUACCAAUAUUUUAUCAGACUCUUUCUUAUUACUAAAUCAAAAAAGGGAAGUAAUUAGAAUCAUUAAUAAAGCAAUAGAAAUUAUUUCAUUCACUCAAAAAGAGAUACAGAAUAUAAAAGAAAGUUCUUUCCAACCUAAAAGUAUUUACGAAUUAUCGAGCAUUCCUCAAAAGUUACAAAUUAUCAAAAUAUAUAGGCACUAUCUUAAAGUUCGUAUCUCUCAUGUGGUCAAACUAAGGCAAUAUAUUAAAAGCGAUAAAAGCAAAUUAUUCAUUAUGCUAGAAGAGCUUGAAAACAGCAAUAAUAUGCCUCCAAGAUACUAA